GCGGCAUGCUGGCCGUGGAUUUGAAGACGAAAUUAUCUUUACUCUCGUAGCCCUUCACUAGCUUGAGAAUGUUCUUGACUCUAGCACUGUUGCGGAAGGGGAUUCCAGGAAAGCAGUGGAUUGGGAAGUAUCGACGACCACGACCUGUUACCUGGCAGAUAAAGCGGAAUGUGAUCAAACGGCUAGAACAAGAAGCAGAGAAUGAAUACUGGAUCAGCCGGCCAUUCAUGACGCUGGAACAGGAGCGAGGCCACGCAGCACAGAGGCGAGAGUGGAUGUGGCAGCAAAUCAAAGCUGAGCGACAAGCCAAGUUUCCUGAACACAAAUACAUCGCAGACCAACUGAACCACCUAAGGGUCACCAAGACCUGGCCCAGCUAACCAGAACAUCACAGACUGAUGGAUAUCUGAUGGAUGGAGAUGAAAUCAUACUAGUUUUUGUCUUUGAUAUUUGCUCUGUUGUACAUCUGUGUGUUUCUGUUUAUAAAUGAUUUCUAAUCAUCA